GCAUGGAUCCUCGCGUGUCUUUUCCAGAAUGGGCUUUCCUGGCCGGGUUGGCUACUAUUCUGGGUAUCAGUAAGCGCACCCGCUACGCGCUGCCCUCUUAGGACCUCUUAAUCAACGCACGUACAACUUGCAGCUUAGAUGUAUACGACUCAGUCGCGACUCGCAGAGCCUGGAAAGUCGACUGACGUGAGUACUUGGGAGUUUCCGUCUUUUUCUUACGUUCCGUUUACUGUCCGUACGAAACUGGUGCUGCUCCUUUUUGGAGGCUUUCCAUUCGCGUCGUUCUGAUUAAAUUCACGUAUAAUAGGUCCUUAUACUGACCACCACUUGCGCUUCAGUAACUGUCCCCUGUUCCAUGGACGAAUAUAAGGUUGGUUUUGAGACAUCUCAAAACCAACCUUAUUUCAGUAACUGUCCCCUGUUCCAUGGACGAAUCUUGUGUAAACCUAAACGUGUGCAGCUAGGAGACGUGUGCUAACGUUGGCCACGUGCCAUCUUUUCACGCUCAAGACCCAUAGUUGGCCACCCGGACUCAACAAGAGAUGCAGGUUGACCAGGAGAUGCGGCAUGAUGGGGAAGCGCCAGAUGCGGAGGCAGAUGCUGAUGAAGCAGGGUCAUCAGCUGCUGCUGCUGCUGCUGCUGCUGCUGAUUCACCACCACCAGCAGCAGCACCAGCACCACCCACCGCACCAGCUGCACAAGCAGCAGCAGGAGCAGUCGGGUGUCUGCUGCAGCAGCCGCCAUCGCUCCUUUCUCCUGAGGACGUGGCAAUAGCUGCAGUGCGAGGCAGCGGCCUGGUGUCGCACCACGUGGACUCCUUCAACCGUUUCCUGCACCGACUGCCACGUAUCAUUUCGGGUCACAGGCCUGUGCAGGUGUACAUCCCGUUAUGCGUCAGCAACGCGGUAACCCCCUUCAAUCCGUCCAAUCAUACUCUCGAUACAGUCACCUCUCGGGUCGUGGGGAUCGGAGUGCGCCUCACUUUCCACGACCCUAUCUUCUCCCGCCCUCUAGUUCCUGUGGAGAUGGAUAAUCUGAUCAAGUCUGAUACACCAGGAGCAAACCCACAGGCGGGUAGUGGAGCAGACUGUAACGAGGAUACGGAUGUGAAGAUGGUAGAGGAGGAGGGGGGGGGAGAGGGGGGGGAAGAGGAGGCGGAGCAGGGGGUGGGGAGGAGGAAGAGGAGGGGCAAGAAGAAGGGGGGAAGGGAAGGGAAGGGCGAGGGGAAAGGGUCUGGAGGGGAGGAGAAGGGGGGGGUGUUUUUGCACCACUCAAUCGGGCCUUCACAUGGGAACAGAACCCCGCUGUUUCCCAGUCAGGCGCGGCGAAAUCACCUGUCAUACAGUGGGGAGUUGUGGGGUUCGGUCCGGUUCCAGGUGUUUGAAACGGUUGAGAGGGGUCACUACGAGCCUCCUUCCGCAGAGGCAAUGUUGCAGGCAGCCAUCAGGCAGCAGCGGCAGGAGCAGCAGCAGCAAAAGAAGAAGAUGAAGAAAGAGCAGAUGGUGAAGAAUAUGAAACAGAAGCGGUCUCUUAAGGCUGGCAAACGCUCUGUUCUAUGGGAAGAUGAAGACGAUGCUGAAAACGCUGGUGCUGCUGGUGCUUCUGGUGCUGCAGGGUUUGAGGGCUUGGAGUGGACAUGGAGGAGGGAGGGAGAGGAGGAGGAGGAGGAGGAGAGGGUGGUGGGGGAGAGGGUGGAGAGGGACGUAUACCUGGGGCUGGUUCCAGUGAUGCUCAAGUCCCAAGCUUGCCAUCUCAACGGCCUCUCGGAGGAGGACAUGUGGCGCAACGAGGAGUGUCCCACGGAACGGGGAGGAUACUUCAUCGUUCGGGGGAUGGAGAAGGUAAUCAUUCCCCAGCUCGUCCGAGCAUCCAACACCAUCCUGGUCGAACCGGCUCAUUCUUCUUCUGCCAUUGCUGCUGCUGCUGCUGCUGGGGCGGCAGAGGGAGCAGGAGUGUGGAGGGACGAGUGGGUGGCAUCCGUUGUCUCUACUGAGGAUGACCUGGGAGGGGUCAAGGCAGGGCCAUGGGCUAAAUCAAGGCUGAUGAGGAUGACGUGUUAUGUGCUUGUUCCACCUCUUGCCAGCUCAGCACCUCCAACGGCCACGUCAGCAUUCCCUCCAAGCUCUGAGCGUAUUUUACGAGUCCAGUUGCCGUAUUUCAGCUGCCCGGUCAACCUCUUCGUCUUCCUCCGGGCACUUGGUGUUCGGUCUGAUGACGAAAUGUUUGAGAUGAUUCUUGGGCACCCACUAAAAAAAGCCAAGGACAGGGCAGGGGGGGGAGAAGAGGGAGAGGGGCGCGGAAGAGAGGAGGGUAGGGAGUGGGAAGGAGGAGGGGAUGGUAGCAUGGGGAUGGGGAUGGGGAGUGAAGGGGGAGGAGAGAAGGAUGAGGAUGGGGAGGAGGAUGGGGAGGAGGAUGGGGAGGGGAUAGGUGCAUGUUUCAAGGCGAAGAGACAGAAGAGAGCAGCAAAUGUGAUUGUGCUAGAUGAUAGUGAUGAUGAUGAUGCUGCUGCUGAUGCUGCUGGUGGUAGUGGGGGGAGUGAUGCUGCUGGUGAUGCGGGUGCUGGUGGGGGUGCUGGUGGUGGUGCUGGUGGUGGAGGGGGGGAGGAGGGAGAGGGCGACAGAGAGGGGGGAGAAGGAGAGGAGGAGGUGUGGAAGCGGCAACAGGAAAUUCUGCAGCUGCUGCUGCACACGAGUCAGGAGAGCAGGAGCGCAAGCAGAAACCAGGAGGAUGCUCUUGCGGCCCUCGAGUCCCUGAGUCACAACAAUAGACUCUCAGCCCUGGUCCUGCUGACUGAAGACAUUUUGCCCCACAUCGGCUCCGGUCCCAGCUCUCUCCCUGCCAAGGCGCACUUCGUGGCGUACAUGGCGAGGAGGCUCUGCUUCACCUGCCUGGGGUACACCCCCCCGGACGACCCCCGCAGCCUGACGCACCUGUGCGUGGAAACCUCCGGGAAGCUUCUGGAGGACCAGUUUGUGGCGGGACUCGACAGCCUGUGCUGGUGGAUCGAGCGCGACAUCACCCGCCACGUCAGCAAAUAUCUCAAGAGCCACUUCAGCAGUAGUACAGUCAGCAGUACAACCAGCGGCAGGAGGAUGGGGUGGGGGAGGGAGGGGAGGGGGAUGGCAGUUGUGGCGGUUGUGGGGGAGGAGAGGAGGGAGGGCCUGUUGGGGUAUUUGAGGAAGCUGGACCCCCGUGCGUUUGUGAACAAAGACUCCAUCUCCCUGCGCCUAGAGCCUGCACUUGCCACCGGCAACUGGCUCCCUCCCCGAGCCUACGGCCGAGCCAAGGGUGGCAGGUUCGGCGGCGGGUGGUACGGCACGAGCAGCAGCAAUCUGCACGCUAGUGAGCCGCUGAACCGGCUGUCUGCUGCUGCUGCGCUGUCGCACCUUAGGAGGGUGGAGGUGCCUUCUCACAGAGCUAACACCUCUGCUGCUGCCAGACAGCUCCAUGCUUCCUUCUUUGGCCGCUUCUGCCCCCUGGAAACCCCCAAGUCGGAUGCUAUCGGCUUCUCCCUCAACCUCUCUCUUGCUUCCUGUGUCUCUGCGGGUGAAGGAGAGGAGAGGGGGGGGGAGGGGGGGAAGGGAGGAGAUGGAGAAGCAGCAGCGGAAGCCAAUGGGGGAGGGGAAGGGGGAGGAGGAGGUGGUGUUGGAGCUCGUGAUGAGGAGAGAGAGGAGGGCGACGGGGAGAGUAGUGAGGAGAAGGAGAAGGACGGUGCUGGUGCUGCUGCUGGUGGUGCUGGUGCUGCUGCUGCUGCUGGUGCUGGUGCUGGUGCUGGUGCUGCUGCUGCUGCUGCUGCUGCUGCUGCUGCUGCUGUUGCUGCUGCUGCUGCUGCUGCUGCUGCUGGUGCUGCUGCUGCUGCUGCUUCUGCUGCUGGUGCUGGUGCUGCUGCUGGUGCUGCUGCUGGUGCUGGUGCUGCUGCUGGUGCUGGUGCUGCUGCUGGUGCUGGUGCUGCUGCUGGUGCUGGUGCUGCUGCUGGUGCUGGUGCUGGUGAUGGUGAUACUGAUGAUGACGUUUGGGCUUUGGACGUUGACAGCGACGAUCACGAUGCUGUGAGCAAGACCCAGAGUGCGAGGCACAGAAGUGGGAGGGGGCAAACGGGUAGUGGGAUACAAGAACAGAACCAAGAAGGGAAGGGGGGUGGGCGAGGGGAGGGCAGUGCCAGUGGGGGCAGUAGUGAUCCUCACUUGGGUGGGAGAGGUGACGUGGCGUUUGGUGAUUGGUGGCUGGUGAAGGAUCUGCAGGCACGUGGGAUGGUAGUGUUGGAUUGUUUGAGAGUGAGUGAGGACGGUGUGGGAGGGGAAAGAGGGGGGGCUGGAAGAGGAGGAGGAGGAGGAAGGGGAGGAGAGGGAGGAGGGAGAGGAAAGGGAGGAGGGGUCUGGGUGAAUGGGCGGCCUGUUGGGCAGCAUGCUGACCUGGCAGAGCUGGCAAGAGAGAUGAGGCGGAGGAGACAGACAGGAGAUAAGGGAUACAGGGAGCUCGGCGUUGCCUUCCACUCCUCCCUCCACUCCCUCCACCUGCACACCUCCCCCGGCCGCAUCCUCCGUCCCUUGCUGCUGCAACAACCCCCCAUACCUCUGCCACGCAACUGCAUCAACAGCAGCAGCAACAAUGCCAUUAGCAGCAGCAGGAAUAGCGGCAGGAAUGGUGGGUAUGAUGAUGGGAAAAGUGCAGAGGGAGCGUGCGAGAGGGCAUGGAAGGGGGCAUGGAAGGGGAUGGUAUCUUCAGGAGUGGUAGAGUAUCUAGAUGCUGCAGAGGAGGCUACCAACUGCGUUGCUGCCCCAGCGAAGACGUAUCUCGCUGCGGACACACACACAGAGGCGAAUGAGAAGGAAUCAAACCAGAAGGAAUUGAAGGAGGAAGAGAAGGAGGGGAAGGAGGAGAGGGGCUUUCAGGCAGGGGAUGGACACCGGGAGCAAUCUCCGGACUCUCCUUUAUUCUCGUUAUUGGAUGAUUCUUCUCGCUUUUCGGUCGUUCGGUUCUCCCACAUGGAGAUCCACCCGGAGCUUGUGUUUGGAGUCAUCGCCUCGGCUCUGCCGUUUGUGAACCACAAUGGCGUUUCCCGCAGCACUGGUGCUGCGCACAUGUUCAAACAGGCCAUGGGCGUGCCAACGUACAACCUCCCCCACCGCCAUGACAGAACGCUCUUCUCUCUGCACUACCCGCAGCGGCCGCUAGCGGCCUCCAGCAUAGCAGAGGUCGCUACUGGCCUGGGUGACUUUCCCAACGGGCAGAACGCCAUAGUUGCUAUCAUCCCUAAAGGGUGGAAUCAGGAAGACGCGCUGAUCGUCAACCAGGCUUCGGUUGACAGAGGGCUGUUUGGCAGCACCACUUUCAGAAGCUUCGUGGAAGAGGAGGGUAAGUAUCAACGGGGCAAGGUGAAUAUGAGCUGGAGGUUCGGCAAGCCGAGCCAGGAAGGGGAUGCAGGGGGUGCUUGGCUCGGGGCUGCUGAGCCUGCUGGUAUGGGAGCAGGUGUGGGAGAGAUGGAGGUGGAAGAGGGGGGGGGUGAUGGGUGGGGGGGGAAGGGAGUGGAAAAGGGAGGGGGAGUGGGGUGGGGGAGAAGGGAUGAGGAAGGAGGGGGCGGAGGGGGCGGAGGGGAGGGGUGGGGCGGAGAUGGAGACGGGGGGGAAGGAGCCUGGAGAGGGGGAAGCGGAGGGGGGGAGGGGGAGGCAGGAGGGUGGGGAGGGGGAGGGGGAGGGAGAGAGGGAGGUGUGGGGGGUGGGACAGUUGAGGAGGGCAGGGGAAGAGUAGGGGGGCGGGUACGGACAGGGGGAAAGGGAGGGCGUGUGACAUGGGAUGCGGAUGGUUUGACAGAUAGUGAUGACAGUGGUGAGAAGGAUGAUGGUGGCAAUGGUGGCAAUGGUGGCAAUGGAGAUGAUGGGGAUGGGGGAGAGGUCCGAGAGGGUGGGGGGGAAAGAAGAGAGGGAGAUGGUGGGAGAGGGAAGGGGAAGGAGGAGGAUGCAGAGGAGUCAGUAGGAGGGGAAGGCGGAGGGGGAGGAGGAAGGGGAGGAGGGGGAGUUAAGAAGAGUGUGGGGGUUGUUCGAGCCAAGUCUGAGCCGAUUGACCUGACACAAGAAGAUGGUGACGUGGCAAUGGGGGAAGCCGCUGACGUGGCAAUGGGGGAAGCCACUGACGUGGCAAUGAGGCAAGCUGAUGGCGUGGCUCCUGAACAACGUGCUGACGUGCCAAUGGGGAGAGGUGGUGCCACGUGGGGCGAGCAGGCAGGCUCGGAGGCAGCGAAUGUUGGUGCAUGGGGCGGGGAGGGAGGCACUGGUGGUGCUGAGAGUGGGGGAUGGGGCACACAGCCACCUGCGGGAGAAGAAGAGCACACUGGGGAAGAGGGAGUGCGGGGCGGACAGACAGGGGCUGAGGCAGAAGCUCGCAACAAAGCAGCAGACGAAGAGCGAACGGGGGAAUGGGGCACACAGGCACCUGCAGGAGAAGAAGGGCGAACUGGGAAAGGGGGUGGUGGGCUGGAGAGGGAUGCGGCUGAAGCUGGUGUGUGGGGCGGACCGACAGGCCCCGAGACAGGGGAAGCAGGGGAAGCUGCUGCAUGGGGCGGACAGACAGGACCCGAGGCAGAAGCUCGGGACAGCAUAGCGGCAGGGAAUGGUGGUCCAGAGGCAGAGGCUCGUGAGUCUGACGUAAGGGGCGGUCAGGCAGGGCUUGAGGCAGAAGCUCGGGACAGCGUAGCAGCAGGGAGUGGUGGUCCAGAGGAAGAGGCUCAUGACGAAUUGGGGGGAGAAGAGCAAACAAGGGAAGGGGGCGGUACGUGGGGCACAGAGGUGGUGAGCGGAGAGGGGGGUGAAGAUGGGGAGGAUGGGGUGGAGGAGGAUGGGUUUAGGGAGGGAGACACAAGGGCACGAUCAGCUCGUGGUGCUGCUGGUGGUGCUGCUGGUGGUGCUGCUGGUGGUGCUGCUGGUGGUGCUGCUGGUGGUGCUGCUGGUGUUGAUGGUGGUGGUGCUGGUUGGGGUACUGAUAGCGCUGCUGGUGCUGGUGGUGGUGUUGAUAGCGCUGCUGGUGGUGACGGGUGGGGUGGUGUUGACGCUGGUAGUGAUGGUGGUGGCGCGGGUAAUGCUGGUGGUGGUGGUGGUGGUGGUGGUGGUGGUGGCGGUGGUGGUGGUGGUGGUGGUGGUGGGUGUGGUGGCGGUGGUUGGGGUGCUGGUGGUACCGACGCUGCUGGUAGUGAUGGUGGGGGUGGUGCAUGGAGUGAUGAAGAAGGGAGAGGAGGAGGGGGAGGAGGGGGGGGAGGGGUAGGAGGGGGGGUAGGAGGAGGAGGAGGAGGAGGAUGGGGUGCAAGUGACAAUGGGGAGGGUGAAGCUGGUGGGUGGGGUGCUGAUACUGCUGCUGCUGCUGGUGUUGCUGGGGCUGCUGGUGCUGGUGCUGCUGGUGGGGGUGGUUGGGGUAGUGGCGGUGGUGCUGCUGACACUGCUGGUAGUGAUGGUGGUGGGGGGUGGGGCAGUAAUGCUGCGGCUGCUGCUGCUGCUGCUGGUGCUGACGCUGCUGGUGAUGGCGAUGGUGCUAGUGGUGGUUGGGGUGGUGCUACUGCUGCUGGUGAUGGUGGUGGUAGGGGGUGGGGCAGUAAUGCGGCGGCUGCUGCUGCUGGUGAUGGCGAUGAUGCUGGUGGUGGUGGUGGCGCUAGUGGUGGGUGGGGCAGUAAUGCUGCUGCUGCUGCUGGUGAUGGUGGUGGUGGGUGGGGCAGUAAUGCUGCUGCUGCUGCUGGUGAUGGUGGUGGUGGGUGGGGCAGUAAUGCUGCUGCUGCUGGUGGUGAUGGUGGUGGUGGGUGGGGCAGUAGUGCUGCUGCUGCUGGUGGUGAUGGUGGUGGUGGGUGGGGCAGUAAUGCUGCUGCUGCUGCUGGUGAUGGUGGUGGUGCUGCUGGUGAUGGUGGUGGUGGGUGGGGCAGUAAGGCUGCUGACGCUGGUGGUGGUGGUGGUGGUGGUGGUGGGUGGGGCAGUAAUGCUGCUGCUGCUGGUGGUGAUGGUGGUGGUGGGUGGGGCAGUAAUGCUGCUGCUGCUGCUGGUGAUGGUGGUGGUGGGUGGGGCAGUAAUGCUGCUGCUGCUGCUGGUGAUGGUGGUGGUGGGUGGGGCAGUAAUGCUGCUGCUGCUGCUGGUGAUGGUGGUGGUGGGUACGGGGGAAGGGGAGGUAGGGAUGGAGGAAGGGGGGGAAGAGGACAGCGGCAGCAAGAGCAGCAACAGGAGCGGCCAAGGAGAUGGUCAGAGAGGGAUCAUCUGAGGGAGAAUGGGCUCCCGAAAGAGGGCCAUCCGUUGCUGUGGCCAGGCGAGGUGGUGGGGGGGGCAGGCGAGGAGUCUGCAGGGAUCAGGGUUUACUGUAGCUCGGGCGUGGGGGCAGGGAGUGCGGGGAUGUGGGGGAGGAGUGUGGUGGAUCGAGCGGUGUUUGGCGGGAAGGAGCGAGGCGUUCUCAUUGGCCAUGUGCCUGCUGGGCCACCCCCCUUGACAGCCACAGGGGAGGAGGAAAGGGUGCGCAGUCUGCUGGUGUCAGAGGUGGAGGGGGGAGGGGGGAUAGUGGAUGCUGCUCGCAUGGACGUGAACAGGCAUGGCGUGCGCCUAGCACGGGUUCGCCUGCGCGCCUCUCUGCGGCCUGAAGUGGGCGACAAGUUCACCAGCCGGCACGGGCAGAAGGGAGUCAUUGGCCGGCUCAUGCCCGCCCACGACCUGCCCUGGUUUGACGGCGUGGCAAAGCCGAUUCAAGCUCGAAUGAGCUCUGCUGCCACUGGUGGUGGUGCUGCUGCUGUUGCUGGUAGCCCAAGUGCAAGUGCCACUGCCGCUGCAACAACAGCAGCAGUGGGGGCGCCGUUGGGGGUGGUGCCAGAUGUGCUGAUCAACCCGCACGCCCUGCCGUCCCGCAUGACUCUCGGGCAACUCUUUGAGUCCGUCUUCGCCAAGCUCGUAUGCUCCCCAGUGCAGGAAACAGGCGGCAACGUCAACGUAAACCACUCUAUUCGCUCGCCGUCCUCCUCCGACCUUUGGGGAUCUGAUCUGCUGAGUGAAGCAGAGCAACGGCUGCGAAGCUGCGGCUACUCACCCCUUGACCUUGGGAAGGACAUUGCCUACUGUGGAGUGACGGGGCGACAGCUGGAGGGGAGGGUGUUUGUGGGGCCCACCUACUACCUUCGGCUGAAGCACCUGGCAGCAGACAAGAGAGCCGCCAGAGCAUAUGGAAGCAAACAGAUGUCAACCCGCCAGCCCACUAAGGGCAGGGCGCAGCACGGCGGCAUGAGGAUGGGCGAGAUGGAGCGGGACUGUCUUGUCGCCCACGGGGCGGCGCACGCCCUCUCAGAGCGCCUCUCGUUGCUCUCAGACGCCACCUCCCUCGCCGUCUGCAGUGCCUGCCGUUUGAUUGCCACUGGGGCGGGCGCUUCCGGGGGAGGUGCACUUGGGGAGGGCGGCUAUGACACUGCUGGUGGUGGUGGCGGCUUUGAUGGUUUUGAUGGUUACACUGCUGCUGGUGGUGCUGCGGGUGGUGGUGCUGGUUAUGGGGGCUAUGGUGGUUAUCACGGAGGUGGUGGAGGUGGGAGUGAGCGUGUGUGCCAGUCGUGUGGCAGGAGCGCGGACAGCACAGAGGUGUGCAUGCCUUAUGCCAUGAAGCUGCUGUUCGACGAGCUGAGGGCCAUGGGCAUCUCUGUGCGCGUGCUGCCAUCACAUGGCUGACUGCUGAUUCUUGAAUCAAGCAUUCCCUCUUGUAGGUGAUCAUUCAUUACCAGUACAGUACAGUAAUACUACUUUCAGCUUUAAACCGACCAAAAUCUGUACAUAAGGGAACCAUGAAUGUGUGCUUUGAUGGGUACCUACCCCCGUGGUGGAAAAUCUCCGGAG